UCUCUGCCCCCUUUCUCCUCAAAAAGGUGCCGUGACCCUCUUCUGUCCCCCCAGGUGGUGCUGGACAACACAGCCCUGAACCGGAUCGCCACAGACCGCCUGCACAUCCAGAACCCAUCCUUCUCUCAGAUCAACCAGCUGGUGUCCACCAUCAUGUCGGCCAGCACCACCACCCUGCGCUACCCCGGCUACAUGAACAACGACCUCAUCGGCCUCAUCGCCUCGCUCAUUCCCACACCACGGCUCCACUUCCUCAUGACUGGCUACACACCCCUCACCACGGACCAGUCGGUGGCCAGCGUGAGGAAGACCACGGUCCUGGAUGUCAUGAGGAGGCUGCUGCAGCCCAAGAACGUGAUGGUGUCCACGGGCCGGGAUCGCCAGACCAACCACUGCUACAUCGCCAUCCUCAACAUCAUCCAGGGGGAGGUGGACCCCACCCAGGUCCACAAGAGCCUGCAGAGGAUCCGGGAACGGAAGUUGGCCAACUUCAUCCCCUGGGGCCCAGCCAGCAUCCAGGUGGCCCUGUCCAGGAAGUCGCCCUACCUGCCUUCUGCCCACAGGGUCAGCGGGCUCAUGAUGGCCAACCACACCAGCAUCUCCUCGCUCUUUGAAAGUUCCUGUCAGCAGUAUGACAAGCUGCGGAAGCGGGAGGCCUUCCUGGAGCAGUUCCGCAAGGAGGACAUCUUCAAGGAGAACUUUGACGAGCUGGACAGGUCCAGGGAGGUCGUGCAGGAGCUUAUUGAUGAGUACCAUGCAGCCACGCGGCCAGACUAUAUCUCCUGGGGCACCCAGGAGCAGUGACUUCCUCCCCACUGCACCCCCUGGACAGUAAGCACAGCCCCCAUCAUGCCUGGUCCCUCUGGUCCAAAUUCCCCUCACCAACAACCUUUCUAGGUUCUUCUUCAGCCCAGGAGUUGGCCCUGCUUCCUCCCCUCCAUGCCUGACCCUUGAUAUGCUUAUUUAGCUCUAAUAAAGUAAUAAAGCUUCAUUGUGAAUAUA